AUGGCUGUGAAGGUUCGAUUGGGUGGUGCUGGUGGUUUAGCUGGGUUGUCACUUGUUUCACUCGUGGUUGACGAAAAGACCUUCUCUACAAUUGGUGCUUCUCAACUGAACUUCUACGUUUUGAUAGUUACAACUUACAUCCCACCUUUUGCUACUGCAAGAGGAUCAGAAAUACUCGAAGGCUUGAAUUAUGCAUCUGGGGCAGCUGGUAUCCGCAACGAAACUGGAAGACAAGCGGGACAGAUAAUAAGCAUGGAUAUGCAGUUGCAAAAUCAUCAAAGCAUGGUAAAAAACAUAGCUUCUUUUAGGGGAAAUAAUGCCUCAUCAGCAGUGGAGUUACUGUUGGGAUGGGCAGUUGAAAUAGAAAGAACUGAAAACUAUAUUAUUCUUCUCUUUAGAGGAUAUUUAUACAAAGAGUACAAUCCCUACAAGGAAACCAAUCCCUACAAGGAAACCAAUCCCGGUUAA